AUAAGAACCAAAAUGGCUAACAAAAAUUUGGGCAUCUUAAUCCUCAUAGCAACACUAGUGGCUCAAGCUACUUGGGCUCGAGCAAAGGAGUAUAUAGUUGGAGACGAUAAAGGAUGGGCCCCGGGUGUUGAUUACGAUGCGUGGAUCAAGGAUAAGGAAAUCUUUCAGGGAGACAAACUUGUGUUCAGAUUCGAAAGGGAAACACGUAAGCUAUAUUACACGACUCAUGAAAAGUGUAAUGCUUGUUGUCCUAAUGAUCCACUUAUGGAGAUGUAUCCUUGUGGAAAUAAUUGCCUAACCGUAAUGAAAAUCGGAAAGCGUUGUGUUAUGAGCACCAGAGAGGAUUGUCUGAAUGGAAUGAAGCUUCUCUUCGAAGUCAAGCCAGCUCCUGUAUUACAAGAAUGUGGAGAGACAAUAAUCUAAGCUUCGAGGAUUACAUGUCUUAAUUGUGUCUUUAUUUAUUUGUUGUUUGUUAAUAAUUGCUCACAUGGACCAGGCAUAUAUGAGGCAUAUAUGCAACUGAUCAAUAAUUAUAUAUAUCAUGAUCGAUACCAUUCGAUCAGUUCUAUCAUAAUAACAAAGAAUAAUUACGAUAUAUUGAGUGAUGAUUACUACGAUCUGAUGUUUGUAACUGUUGCAAAACUGCCACAAGUGCUCUUUUGUGACUAGUUUCUGCGUUUACCGAAAUCUUGGUUGGAACUGAAUUUUGUGACUGUUUUUAGCUAUUAAAUGAAAUAUCAUCUCAAAGUUACCAU